AUCACACACUCCCAAGGACACGACUUGUGCUCUGCUGCACAGCUAACUCCAGCUGAGCAGAGUCAUCGAGUUCGCACAUGGUGGUGGAGAGGAGGGUGUGGAGGAACAGGACGAGGAGGAGUUCUUCUCCUGGCGGAGCAGCCGCCUGCGGUGGAAUGCGCGGCGCCGAGGGGAAGCAGCAGGGUCGGGUGCGACCGGCGGCACCGGGCCAGCGAUACUUCACGGCGGGGCUGGCCGUGCUGUUUCUCUGCCUGACCGCGCUGCUGGUGUUCCUGCCGCUGGUCCUCCCGCCGCUGCCGCCGCCGCCGUUGCUGCUGCUGCUGGUGCCGGUGGGGCUCAUGGCCGUCCUGCUUGCGCUGGCGCUUGUGCCGUCCGACGGCCUGGGCACGAGCGGCGUCGCCUCACCGUGCCUGCAUUGAAGAGGAUGCUUGGCAGGGCACGUGAGAGGUAGAGUAUGUUUUGGUGUUCGGUUUUGUUGAUCAGGCAGCCCCUAGCUCCGUCCUAUGUAAAAAUGCGGGGCAGGAUUUCCUUUUGUUGUGCUCGAAAACAUCUUUCCAAUUGUUAAUGCUGAGGCGAGCUCGCAGUUCACACUUCAUGUAAUGGCAUUAACACUUGGAUAAAUAGAUUGUUUGA